AUGAAGUACAACAACGAGAAGAAGAAAGGUGGAGGCUUUAAGAGAGGCGGAAAAAAGGGUUCAAAUGAUAAUGAUUCAUUCUUCGAGGAAGAGACAAAGAAACGGAGGAAUGUGAGUUACGACGACGAGGAUAUCGAGUCUGUGGAAUCUGACGCGGAGGAAAACGGGUUUACAGGCGGAGACGAAGAUGGGGAAAGAGUUGAGGAAGAGGAGGAUGAGUUUGCCGAUGAGACGGUGGGUGAGAAGCGGAAGAGAUUAGCGGAGGGGUUGCUGAGUAGACUGAGGGUAGCGCAGAAGAGGCAGCGUGAAGAACAGGAUGACGAUGACGACCAAGAUGAGGAAGGUGAUGAUACAGGUCUCGCGAAGACUUUGAUGACUAAGCAGCAGGAGGAGAGUGGUAGGUGUCGAAGAGCCAUUGCAUCGAGGUAA